UUCUGGAGAAUACUGGUGUGAGAGCGAAGACAAAAGAAGUAGUGAGAGAAUCCCGAUCACAGUCUCAGUGAAUAAUGUAAUCCUGGAGAGUCCAGUUCGUCCGGUGAUGGUUGGAGAUAAUGUUACUCUUCGUUGCAUUAAAAAUAAAAAAAUAAAACCCUCCACAAAGUUUGACUUCUACAAAGAUGGCAUCCGUGUGGACACAAGUUCAACUGGAGAGUUGACCCUCUACAACAUCUCACUGUCCGAUCAGGGGCUCUAUAAAUGUAACAUAUUUGAAAAUGAGUUUUCAACAGAAAACUGGCUCCAAGUUAAAGCUGUGCUCUUGGAGUGUCCUGAUCAGCCUGUGAUGGAGGGAGAGAACGUGACUCUGUUCUGUAGAGACAAAAUGGCUGCUGCAAACUACACGUCCUUUUUCUACAAAGACGAUCAAAUGAUUUGGAACAGUUCCUCUGGAAAGUUGAUUCUGAACAAAGUUUCCAAAACGGACGAAGGAGUUUACAAGUGUCAAACCUCAGAGGACAGAGAGUCUGAGGAGCAGUGGUUGGCUGUGAGAGGAGGGAACAGCUCCAUCACUCCUGCACAUGGUGUUUUGUCCUUGUCCCCUCUGACUGCACUAGUCGCUCUGCCGGUGCUGCUGUUUAUUUUGGGGUUCAUCUAUAAAAAAUACAAAGUAUGGCUCAAAACUGACCUGUUCAGACUGUCCUACCUCUGGUAA